ACAUGUAUGCCCUGACUGGACGUCAAAGCCUGGAACUUUUUUUUGCGAUUAUCCUUCUCUGUUGGGCAGACUGCAGCCCCUCUCUUCAAGAUGAUUUGGCUCCCCUUGAAGUAAAGUUCCAUUCUUUGGACUUCAGAAAUGUCUUACACUGGAAACAUCCACAAAAAGCUGUCAAGAACCAGACAUAUUUUGUUCAGUAUAAAAUAUAUGGAGACAAAGAGUGGACUAAUUCUGAGCACUGUCAGGGCAUCCGCUUGCUGGAGUGUGACUUGAGCCAGGCGACGUCAGAUCCCAGAGAAUGGUACUAUGCCAGGGUCCGUUCUUUCUCCUCUGAGGGCUUCUCAUCAUGGGUCCUGAGCCACAGGUUUUACCCUCAGUGGGAAUCCAGUUUCAGCCCACCGCAGAUAAAGGUGACCGUGACAGGACGGAUCAUUUCAGUUCAGAUCAGACCUCCGAGGACACCCCUGCGAGGACAGAAAGGCUCUAGGAUACGAGUAACAAAACUGCAGAAACUGACAUUUAGAAUAUACCUUAUGCACAAUGAUGUUGAAGAGGAAGUUUAUGAAACAGACAGUUGCUCCAAGGAGCUUGUGAUCGAGGGGCUACGUCCCAAAACCACCUACUGCCUUCAGGCUAUGUCCGUUACUCCUCGCUCAGGCCACAAAAGCUUGCGGAGUCCCAGCACCUGCAUCAGCACUCACUGAGGGCUUAGUGUCUCCCACAGGGUGUGGCUGCUUCUGGAUCUUUGUUCAACAUGAAAAUUACACACUUCAUAGUGGAAUGUCUGCAAUUUUUCACCAAGGUCAUGUUUACUGUAAAACCGACUAUAAGCCUGGCUUUGCUUUGAGAUUACAUUAAAGCUGAAGUGUGUAAUUUCUGCACUGCUAGCACCAUCAGCAAUAACAAUGACUGUUUACAUACAGGUUUCCUGAACCCUCUUAUCUUUCAUUGGAUGGACAAAGAGAUAGUGCUACCCUUUAAUCACACCACUGGUUUGAGCCAACAGCAGUGGAAAGUGUUUUUGUGUGUGUGUGUGUGUUUCUCAGGAAAAUCAACUAAUGGCUUACUUGAAGAUAUUUAGUAUUAAGUUAGGUUUUUUCAAUUAAAAUGCAUGCACACUUCAGCUUUAAGGCUAAUGAAUGAUGGAAAUAAAAACAUGAACUAAUAGUCGCCUUUAGGGCUGAGAACUGAACACAAAACAGAAGUAGUUGAAUAUUAUGAUACACAGUGUUGAAACGCAACAAAUGAAUUGCUUAACUAAAUAAAUUAUAAAAGAAAUGCUUAAA